AUGGCCACUUUGGCGCGGGAAUGGGGCGUUUUUGCCCCCUGGCUACGCGCCCGCAUGGCGAGCUGUCUAUCUCGAUUCGCCAACCACAACUGUCACAAAGCGCUGAAUGAUGUAGAAGAGAAGGGAUUGAUUCAGCGGACCCGACUCUGCGAAUCAGAUAUUGGGGCGAAGCGCGGUAUCCAAAAUGCGAGCCGAAACGGCCUCCAAAACAACAUCGAAGAGGCCAGCCACAACCACUGCAGAACUACAAUAUCAAACACCGCCAAAGACGCCGGCAAAAUCACCAAAUGA